CGUGACGCGCAACGGUACUCUGCUGACAGUUAUGGAAAUAAAUAUAAAAAAGUUGAAACAGGAAGAAAAAAGUGAAAAAUAAAUAAAUGUUUAAAGUUUCACUUCUCAUUAUUUGUAUAGUAGAGGUAAUUGUUACUCGCUUAUAGAGCUAUUGAAUCGCGGUGGUGGUGCGCUGGAAGAGGACUCAACGCGGUACCGUUAUUUUCGUGUGCGCCCCUGCGUAUGUAUCGGAAUGUGGCUGUGGAAAAAUGCAAAUUAUGCACAGAAAUUCCCAGUGUAAUCAAGUGCAGAAGAAAAGUGCUCCGCCAAAUUGAAGGCCUGCGUGCGGUGGCCAGGGGGGAAUGCAUGCAGUAAAGCAGAAUCAACUAAAAUAAAGUCAAAUAUAUAUGCAUGUCAAACUACGCGGUGUAAAAAGUGCAUUUAAUCCAUAAGUAAUUCAAUUAAAAGGAAAUUGCAUAAUUUUGUUGGUGAAAAUGUUGCAGCCACUUUAAGCCGCAGCGCCAAGAAACGAGCUGUCUCCGUGACGUCAAUUCAUCAAAUAACUAAAAGCCGCUCAACUCCUAACCCAUAGCCAAAAAAUAAUGUAUCGUUAUCAUUGUGAGUGCACAACGAAUCAUCGAUAGCAUGACCCGUGACGGAGAGAUACCCGCCAUUUUCAACCCGAAACGGGUGCGUACACCAUCCGUUGUCGUAACCGGUGACUCUCCGAAUGGUCCAUAUGGUGGGUUUAGUAAUGCGCUCAACGCCAGCAAUCCACAAAUUGCCCACCAAGACUCUAUAUCAUCGAGUCAACAGGAUCCCAGUGAGGUUAUAACAAUACAUUCCGAUGCACGUGAUGCGUCAACGCCGAUUGGCACACAUCCAGGUUUACGACGUGGACUCGGUGCUGGCGGCGGUAGUUUCGUAAGUAGUUGUGGUGUCAGUGGUAUUGUCGGUGUGGGGCCCGGUGGCGCUAGUGGUGGUACAAAUGAACCAGAUACACCUACUUUGGAGGCGGGACCAGAUGGCACCGAAGUGCGAUUUCGUCGUUUAAAAGCAUGCAAGGAGUCGUGUUGCUCCGAACUGGCGCGAAAGAUGUACUUUGGUGUUUGUGUCACCAUACUCGUCACCGCGUCGUGGGUCGGCGCCACGCAUUGCAUCAAGUUCCUCUACUUGAAUCGCAGCACCUAUGCCAGUAUUACCGCAGAUGAUUUCGAUAGUACAUCAAAUCGCGCCAUCGAUCUGGAUUUGAUCACAAAUAUGGAUGACGAUGAUCCGAGAAAUAUUUUGGGUAUAAGUGACAACGCAUUGAGCGUCGAUGAUGUGGAGGAUGUUACAAAAUUGUUCCAUGUCGCACAGCCAAUUUCGCCAGAGUCGACAGUAUUUCGUGCGCCCUUCUUCGCCGCUUGGUUUUUCACAAAUUUUUCAUUUUUCUUCUUUCCCAUCUACAUACUGGGACGUGUUUCGUUGCGCAAAUGUGACAAGCCAGGCGAAAUUUUGGGCGAUGUGUUGCGCGGUUUUCGCGAUCGAGGUUUUACCAUCGGUCGCUUCCUCAACCGUUGUCUCUCUUUCUGCAUCCUUUGGCUGGUGACCACCUAUCUGUACACCAUGUCCCUGCGUGUACUCUUCGCCACCGAUGCCAUGGCGCUGUUUGCGACCAAUGUCGCUUGUGUUUACCUGUUGUCGUGGGUCAUUCUUCACGAACAAUUUGUGGGCGUGCGGAUUGUUGCGGUUAUUCUUUGCGACACGGGCAUUGCGCUGCUGGCCUACAUGGACGGCAUUACCGAGAGUCGCACGCUGAGCGGUGUUGUGUUGGCAACACUGGGCGCUGCCGGUUAUGCAGUAUUCAGGGUUAUGUUCCGCAAAGUGAUGGGCGAUCCGCCGAUUGGUCAAAUUGCUUUUGCUUUCACCACACUCGGGUUUCUGAAUGCGUUGCUGUUAUGGCCCGUCUGUGUGGGCCUCUAUUUGGCGGGCUAUGAGAGCAUGCCUCCGGAUCGUAUGCCAUGGAUUAUUUUAUUAAUCGCCAGUAUUUUAUUAUUGGUUUUCCACAUACUAAUGCAAUUCAGCGCAGCCGUCACUUAUAAUAUGUUUGUUACGUUGGGUUUGAUAACAGCAGUGCCAGUUUCAGGAGCUCUGGACGUUGUGCUGUACGGCGCCACAUUCGCCGGAAUGAAAUUGGCCGGUGUCAUAUUAAUCGCGGUUGGCUUUUUCCUAGUUAUGUUCCCCGAAAACUGGCCGGACUACAUAACGCGCUUGCUGAGAAAUAUCAUCUUGUUGGGUCACAACGCGAGAUACCACCAAAUACACGCGUACGAUUGCAACUUGAGUCAAAAGUAUUAUACGGUCAAUUUUAACGCCUUUGCCGAGUAAAAUUCUCAAAAUGCUAACGAAAAUCGUAAAACCAGUAAAAUACCGUUAACGUAACUAAGUAACAAACACAAACGAUCACUACUCACCACACGAUACUAACAGUACAACGUUUUGCGAGUCGCUCCUCUCUGCCACUCACUCUCUGUCUCGCUUUAAAUGCGCGCUUAAUUCAUUGCAAGUAUUUACCACAACUACUCUGGUUGCACGUCUCUCGAAUUGGCCGCUUCUUCUUCUUCUUCUAUAUACUUACUUUCACUCACUUAUCGUUUAUUUGUAAAUAAAUAGAAGAUGGGGUCGAGGUCCUCGCCACGGAUCGUUAGCCGGUCAGCAUCCCACCAUUAUCGAUUAUCGGACGGGAUACAUAAGGUCCC